AUGGUGUUGCCCCCGUCAACCAGCUCUGCGAGCCGCCUGAUCCAGGCCAAUACGAAUACCACCGCAGCAAGAUUCAACCGUAAAAUCAUCCGCGCUCUCCAGGCCAAGUUGAAGACCGAUCCUGAGGUGGACCUGAGCACCCUCCUGAAAGCAAAUUACUCAGAGCAGCUACGGUCAUUCAAGGCACCCAACUUUGAUGCAACUGACCCAUCCACGGUCGUGUGUGAGCUGUCGAUCGAGUUAAAGCAACUCCUUGAAGAUGAAGAUGGCGACGACCUCUCAAGGGCUAUCGUGGAUCUACUAGCGAGAAGCGAAGUCCUCUACAGAAGUGCGUGGGCAGCGUCGUCAAAGGUCUACCGAGUUAGUGACCAGGUUGUCGUGAAAAUCACAGAUGAGAGGUAUGCUGUCACUGAACACAGCUCUCUCUUAUACCUGCAAGAACACCUACCCAGCUUUCCUGCCCCUAGAUCGCAUGGUGUGGUACGAAUCGGUAUCUUCUGUCUCUUGUCUACGACUUUUGUUACCGGACUCGACUUGGAGAAAGCAUGGCCCCAACUAGGCGAUAUCCAGAAGCAUAGUAUCAGCGGUCAGCUUGAUGCACUCUUCUCUCAGCUAAGGUCACUUCCCUUUCCGGAAAACAUGCCACUUGGUGGCGUUCAGGGAGAGGGUUGUAAGGAUGGAAGGCGAGGACUGCGUGUGAAUUCUGAGCCAAUUAUGAAUGUCAAACAGUUUGACGAAUGGAUCUUUACUGGAUCCAAGACGGCUUCACCUGUAUACACGCGACUCUUGCGCAGCCUGGUGCCAGCCACUAUACCAACAUGUGUCUUUACACAUGGAGAUAUUCGCUCAGCGAAUAUUAUGGUAGAUAAACAGGAAGAUGGGACUUGGAAGGUUAUUGCUGUUAUUGAUUGGGCAGCUAGUGGUUUCUAUCCUGCCUACUGGGAGUCUGUGAAGGCUACCAUGACGCCAAGGGACGAUUUUGACUGCCACUGCUCGACCCGGUGGCUGGUAGAUAGAUUGUGGGAUCGCAAUAUGGAAAACAGUAGCUAG